AUGCAGCCUGCGUGGGCACUGUCCUGGGCCAGCCCUUUCUACUGCCAGCGGAGAGCACAAAACCCCAAAGACAGGUCCUGGACGAAGCCUCCCCGGACGCCUCCACCCGACGCCUGCCCAGGCCGCCCAGAUGCCCUCACACCCCCACCUGCGCUGUCUCCGCCUCCCGGGUCCCAGGCACAGGGAUGCCCCACAGAGCUUUGGGCACCUUUGCCCUCUUAUUUCUCCAGAACCCUACAGUGCCUGGAGCUCCUCCAACAAUAG